ACCAAAACCAAAGUUGAGGGAAAAGCAGUAAUAAAUACACAUGCCCCGCACUUCAUCAAUGGCCAUUUAUAUGCCCUCCAAAUCAUCCUGCUCCUCACGCAGAUGUUCUUCCUUGCUCUUUUCGUUUUUAAUCUCUGACAUUUUUCUCUGGUCUUUUUCAUUUCCACUCUUUCUCCAUUCCUCAGCUCAGCAGAGCGCCUCCAAAAUUUGAAGAAAGCAAGAAUGGGAAGGAGAUUUGGAGUUCUGCUCUGUGCGCCUGAUCAGGACUAUGUAAAUAAGAUGUAUGGAGGGUAUUUUAGUCUGUUUAAGGGGAUUCUGAGCGAGGCUGAAGAAAAGUGGGAUCUGUUUAAGGUUUUAGAAGGGGAAUUUCCGGCCAUGGAAGAGGUUUAUAAGUACGACGGAUUUGUGGUUUCCGGCAGCCGUUUUGACGCGCAUGGAAACGAUGUGUGGAUUUUGGAUCUCUGCCGUUUUCUGCAGACUCUGCAUACAAUGCGGAUCAAAGUUCUCGGAAUUUGCUUUGGUCACCAGAUCUUAUGUCGAGCUUUAGGAGGAAAAAUUGGAAGAGCGGUGAUUGGAUGGGAUAUUGGCUUGAGAAAAAUAACAGUUUCUAAAAGGUUGUCCACCAAACAUUUUGGUUUGGAAAUCCCUUCUAUAAUUAGAGUCCUUGAAUGUCACCAAGAUCAGGUGUAUAAAGUUCCCUUGGGUGCAGAAAUUAUUGCUUCAUCAGAUAAAACAAGCAUUGAGAUGUUUUCCUUUGGUGAUCACAUACUCGGUGUUCAAGGCCAUCCAGAGUAUACCAGUGACAUUUUGCUGAAUUUCAUUGACAAUCUUUUGGACAAAAGUUGUAUACAAGUUAAACUGAGUGAAGAGGCCAAGGCAUCUCUAGCAAAUAGCCAACCUGACAAAGAAAUUUGGGAGAAGAUUUGCAAGUCGUUUCUUAAGUCAUGAUAUUUGCAUCAAUUUAGCCAAACACUUAAAAGUGUUUUAAUUAAAAUGUUCUAAGAAAAUAGUUAAGAAAUGUUCUCUUAUUUAUCUAAUUAUUGAAAUUGUUGUUGUUCUACACUUA